AUGUCGCGCUCAGGCAACGUUGGCGUUUCAGGGCCACAUCCUACCGGAAUGGCUUUCAUGAAGGACGUGGCUCUGUGCAUCUGGUGCACUUGGAUUAUAAGACUUCCCAGAAAGGGGGUUAAUAUAUGGAUGGAGACAUACGAGUCUAACCCAGACAUUCCAGUUAUAGACAAGAAGAGCAAGACAUUAGGAUCUCACAAGGCAUUUGUACUGUUUCGAUUGGGCAAAGAUCAGAACAAGGACCACAAUGAAGAUCUCGAUCUGGAUAAAUACAAAAACCAAGACCUCAUCCAAAAUGAAGAUCACGAUCGGGACAAAGAUCAGAACAAGGAUCUCAACCAAAAUGAAGAUUUCGAUCGGGACAAAGAUCAGAACAAGGAUCUCAACCAAAAUGAAGAUUUCGAUCGGGACAAAGAUCAGAACAAGGAUCUCAACCAAAAUGAAGAUCACGAUCGUGACAAAGAUCAGAACAAGGAUCUCAACCAAAAUGAAGAUCACGAUCGUGACAAAGAUCAGAACAAGGUUCUCAACCACAAUGAAGAUCACGAUCGGGACAAAGAUCAGAACAAGGCUCUCAACCAAAAUGAAGAUCACGAUCGGGACAAAGAUCAGGACCACAAGCAAAAUGAAGAUUUCGAUCAAGACCUGAACCAAAGCCAAGGUAAAGAUGAGGAAUAA